AUGGAUGCCCGAGAUCGCGGGGACGGUGGCGGCGGGGACAACAAUAGCGAGAAGAGAAGCAGUUCAGAGAGGAGAAAGGAAAAGUCUCGAGAUGCCGCAAGGUGUCGGAGAAGUAAGGAGACAGAGGUCUUCUAUGAGUUGGCACACCAACUACCUCUGCCCCAGAACAUCAGCUCCCAUCUGGACAAGGCUUCCAUCAUGCGUCUGGCCAUCAGCUUCCUCCGAACACAUAAACUUUUAUCUUCAGUAUGUCCAGAUGGGGACCUCGAGGCAGAAAAGCAAAUUGACAACUUGUAUCUUAAAGCUCUGGAGGGCUUCGUAGCAGUGAUCACUCAGGAUGGGGACAUGAUCUUCCUGUCCGAGAACAUCAACAAGUACUUGGGUUUAACACAGGUUGAAUUAACAGGACACAGCAUCUUUGACUUCACCCAUCCCUGCGAUCAUGAUGAGAUUAGAGAGCAUCUUAGUUUGAAAUGUGGUGCAGGACAAAAUAAGAAGAACAAAGAUGCAAAUACAGAGCGGGAUUUUUUCAUGAGGAUGAAAUGCACCGUCACCAACAGAGGCCGAACCGUGAAUCUCAAAUCUGCUACCUGGAAGGUACUUCACUGCACUGGCCACGUGAAGGUGUACAACUCCUACAAUCCACACACACUCUGUGGCUACAAAGAGCCUCUUCAGAAUUGCCUGGUGAUGAUGUGUCAGCCAAUCCAGCACCCCUCCAAUAUCGACAUCCCGCUGGACAGCAAGACCUUCCUAAGCCGCCACAGCAUGGACAUGAAAUUCACAUACUGCGAUGACAGAAUAACUGAACUGAUUGGAUACCAUCCAGAGGAGCUGCUUGGCCGCUCAGCCUAUGAGUUUUAUCAUGCAUUGGAUUCUGAAAGCAUGACUAAAAGCCACCAGAACUUGUGCACAAAGGGCCAAGUAGUCAGUGGUCAAUAUCGGAUGCUUGCAAAGCAUGGUGGUUACGUCUGGGUGGAAAGUCAUGGCACCGUCAUCUACAAUACACGCAACUCCCAGCCACAAUGUAUCGUCUGUGUGAACUACGUCCUGAGUGAAAUAGAGAAGACGGAUAUUGUGUUCUCUAUGGACCAGACAGAGUCUCUCUUCAAGCCUCACCAGGUGACCAUGAGCUCUAUCUUUAGCAAUGCUGUCUCUGACAAGACCAGUGACUUCCUGUAUGCCAAGCUGAAGGAGGAACCAGAAGAGUUGGCACAGCUGGCUCCCACAGCAGGGGAUGAAAUUAUUUCCUUGGAUUUUGGUGCUCAGACUUAUGAAGAGUCAUCAACCUAUAACAGCAGCAGCCAGUCAAGUCCAAGCACACAGUGGCCACUGGAAGUCAAGAACCAUGGUUCCCAGCCUGACAUCAUGAACCAUCCGUCCUUUACAGCACCUCAGGUGGCUCCUGGGAGUACUACACCCAGUGAUAGUAGCCACAGCAGCUGUUCUACGCCAAGCAGUCCAGUUGAGUACUAUACGUCUUUGGAAGAAGAUCUCAAGAUUGAGCUGAUUGAGAAGCUUUUUGCUAUGGAUACAGAUGCAAAGAAUAAAUGUAACACUACCCAGAACGACUUUAAUGGGCUGGAUCUGGAAACACUUGCCCCAUACAUUCCAAUGGACGGUGAAGAUUUCCAGUUGAACCCCAUAUGCCACGAAGAGUGUCCCCUCAGUGAUAACACACAGCCUCCCAAGCAGAACAUUAAUAGCAUGAAUACACUCUACCAAUCCAGUGCCCCUCCUCCUCAGAAUCAGUACCUGCAUCAGAAUUAUGCUCAACCAAUGGCAGCUAAAGGCAGUAAUCCCAGCCAGGAUUCUCUGCCCACCGGCCUCUAUAAUGGUGAAAGAAAGUCACCAACCUUAUUGGCCUACCAUACCGGAGCAAAUACACCACUGUCUUCAGUGGGAGGAAGGCCUAAUAUACAGUGGCCGCCAGACCCUCCUGUCAGUUACAUGUCGCCAAAGUGGAGACUGAUGGAUCAAUACCAUGACUCGAGCUCAGCUACUGGACGCUCAAUGCAUCAACACAGCAUGCCGUUAUUUAAGCAAAGGUCACUUGAGAGCUUUGGGCAGCGGGGUAAGGAUUUACAUCCCACAGAGAUGACUUUCUGCAGCAGUAUGAAGCGGAAGCGGCAGCUUGAUUAUGGAACUCAGGGAUUCCCACAACUCAAUGUGGGAGAGUUACCUGAUAAUGCCAUACCAUCACUGAUGUGGAAAAGGAUGAAAUCCCUGAAACCAGAAAUGUGUCCACUUGUUUCAGAAAAGAAAUCCCUGAGCGCAAGUGUCCUGAAUGAUGAGUUUAUCUGUAACAGACACAGAGGACUGAGCCAGCAGAUGACCCAACAGCCGCAGUCACAUCCACAUUGUGCACAGAGUUCCAGAGACAGCAGGAAAAAUCCCUAUCAAACCACGUUUUUUAGUUGUAAUUACCACGAUUACAACAUGCCACAAUCACAGAAAGUAAAAGCCAUGGCCAACCGGCUCAUCGGCCCAACAUUUGAACCCUAUCUCUUGCCGGAACUCACGAGAUACGACUGUGAGGUCAACGUGCCGGUGGUGGGUAACUCCAACCUCUUGCAAGGCAGAGACCUUCUCCAAGCGCUGGAUCAGACCACUUGAGGGGAACGGUGGCCCUCUCAUCAACCUCCAACUCUUCAUUUAAAUAAACAAAACAGCUUCAGUUUUUAAAUAUAUUUUUCCAGUAGACAAUUUCUAUCACUGAUAACAAUCUUACACGAAUCAUUCACAUGUGGAACUUUGUGCACAGUACCAAAUAGUGGCCUUACUGAUAUGAUGUCAGAUUAAAACAGAGAAAUAUACAUAUAUGUUUUUACCUGCUGUAUGUUUUCUUUAUUUUAAUUAAAAAAAAUAAGUGUUUAGUAUAGAAAUGUUUUACAUGCCCUUAUAUCCCUGUAAAAGUAAUUUAUAUAUAUUUUUCAAUGGCCAUAGAAGAUCUUUGGUGCAUAUAUUUGCAUGGAGGAUGUUACUGAUGCAGAUCACUGAAAUUCUGUAUACUGUAAUCCUAUGGUAGUGCCUUGUAUUUCAUUGUUUUUCAGGUUGUAAAUGUCUUGGAAGGGUUUUUUUUUUAAAUGGCAUUCCCAUAUCGAAUGAGACCAAAGAAAUUGCAUUCCUUCAGACCAGAAAGUUUGCUGAGCUCUUGAAACACUCUAGUGCUUAUUAAAUGCUCAAAGAG